UCCUGCUGACUGCAGGUCAGUUGGCUGUCCUCCACAUGGGUGUCUGAUGUGAAUGUGAGAAUACGACAUCAGCAGAAUUUCAGGGCAUUUCUGAGAGGAUUUGUAGGGCUUUGUUUAAUGGUGCAUUGCAGGGGUUUUUUUUGUUUGUUUGUUUACCAGUGAUGCAGUCCUGCCAUUUACUGCAUUUUUGAUGUUUUCUCAAGUGCUUUGCAAAGAAGCAGAAUUAUUUGUAUUAAUCACAUCCCAGGUUUUUCUAUGUAAGCACUUAUACUGAAAAUUUUAUGUGAGGCUUAAAAUAAAACAAAGAUUUUGGAGUAAGUUCUACAGAUAGUAAGAAUCUGGAUAUACUUGCUCUUCAGUUUUCCUUUAUAGUCUGCUUAGUACUUCUUUUUCAUACUAUAUGUGAUGCUACAGUGUGUAAGAGCGGGAUUGGUUUUGAUUUUUGAAUUAUUUCUGAUUUGGAUGAUUUAGGCUGCAAGAAAUGUAGAAAAGCUUCACAAAAGUAACUACAUAUUCAAAAUCAGUUAUGAACAGAGAGUGUAACUGUGACAUUUAUUUUCCAACGGUGCAGAUUAGUUCAGCUUACAACAGGGCAAAUGAAAAACUAAAAACAUAAUAAUUUUUUAAAAAGUAUCAGUAUCUCCUCAAUUUUGAGUUUGUAGAAAUCUGUUUAAGUCACAUAAAUAUUGUCAAAAAUGAAAUACAACUUCUGAAAAACAUUAGUUUAAUGAGAUGUCGUUGCUUUUAUUUUCCUUGUAACUACUCUCUUAGUUAUGUUUAACUGAGGUACAGUAUUUCAUGGGGUAGUUCAUUGCAGAGUUGUUGAUUUAGGCUUAAGUUAAGGAAAGCUUGUCCACGGUGCCUUCUUGAAACUCUUAAGUAUUUAUGCUUAGGUUUUCAUGGAGUCCGAGUUUAAAUCCACUAAAAUUAAUGGACUGGUAUUAUUCACAGCAGGUUUUCUUGUACUUACACAUUCUGAGGACUGGGGAGGAUUCUUAGAUUGGAGUCUCACAACUGUUUGGUCAGGAAAGUUAGGCAGUGAGCACAAAGCAACUCACUAGCUGCACGGAUCAUUGAGAGGGAGACACGCAACUUUUUGGAAACUUCUGUAUAGAUCCUUUGUAGUAUAUGAACUUAGAUGUGGAGGGAGCAGGGGAAGGGAAAGGAGGAAAAAAGAGCAAAUCCAAAUCCAUGAAUGUUGAAAUUGCUGUAAACUGUUGAAACUCUGUCAUUUGUCACUUAGUGGAUGAAUAGCUCUGAGAACGGUUUAAAAAAGAGCAAACUAAUCAAAAUAGCUUAAUUAAUGUAAAAAGUCAUAACAGUGAUGGAAAUCGUUGAAAAUAUUCCCUAAGGCGAUAGGGUUAGAGCAACAUCUGAAAGUUAAGUAAUCAAUAGAAAGAAAUCAGUUUUAAUUAAGUUGAUAGUAAUUAGAUCUUGUACUUCAGAGUAUGAGAUUAUUAGUUCAGCUAUCAGUAAAACAUUUUCUCUAUGUUCAUUGUGGAGUGGUAGAGGAUUUUACCUUCAUUUUAAUUUUUCUCUAAAGUUUUAGGUCCUGGCUACUGCCAUAUGCAUGCUGCAGAUUUGAUUUAAUUUGAUACGAUAGCAGAGAGGAAUAAAUUUCAGCAGUGAUCUAAAGUAUAAAAUGACUGUUGGAAUUUUAUUCUUUUGCUUUCCAAUCUUUCUGUUGCUUUUAUGGAUGCAUAACACAAAAUUUGUACAAAUGACAGCCUGUUGUACCUUUGAAUACAUAAAAAAAUUCAGACAGCUAGAUGCAAUGGUCUUCUAACUGAUACCAACUUACACAUUCCGUGCUAAAGUAACAGAAGAUGAGCCAUCAGCCUGCUCUCAGCAAGAUUUAUACUGUAUAAAUAUGUAUAUACUGUAUUAAUGUCAGAAAGAGGUCCUCCCUAUCUAUUGUGGUUUUUCUAUUACUUAACACAGUCUUUAUGGAAUGAAAAUCUACAAAAUAAUCUUGCAACCCAUUUCCUACUCAACUUAUUCAAAAAACGAGUUCUGAUUAGCUUGAUUUUGUGUGUAUUUGUUUUGUUGUCCAUUAAAAUUAAAGAGGGAGGCAAGUUGAUAAUGUGAAGUAUGCCUGAAGAUUGGAACUCAAAUCAGCAGUUUUUCUCCACUGUUUAUCUACUUGUUAGCCACUGUAGUCAUGUCAUUCUCUUUGAAGUGCUAUGCUGGAUUUACAUAUGAUUUGAUUUUUAAUGAAUUCUAGAGGCAUUCCAGAGUGUAGGUUGCAAAGAGCAAUCUCAUGUUUCCUUGUGACCGCUGCAUUUUAGGAUGUUCUCGUGAAUCAAAUUAGUCACGACAAUGCAUUUCUUGAGCUAUGCCAGCAGCUUGGAGUAAGGGGCAUUUUCUGAGCCCUGGCUCUUGGUCUUGACUUCUCUCAGGUAGCAGUGGAUCUGGGGGUGCUUUGCAGGGGAUAGGGAGGUUCACAGUUCCUGUGGACGCUCAGAAGGUCUGUGUCACACUUCAGACCUUACUUCAUCACAUUUAAAAGCCUGGGCUGCCAUUUUAUUCUGGAAACUUUCUAGCUUCGCAACCUUCCAUAGUGUCAUUUUGCUGGAAGAAGGAUUUCAAUUGUUUCACCACUGAUUGUAUUUCAUGCUGCUUAUUUCGUUUCUGAGGAAGUUUCAGUUUUGCUCCUGAAUAGUAUCUGGUUGCAAAGUCCAACCAAAUCGUUCCUAUUCGUGACAGUUUAGACAAAAGAGUCUGUGGUGUAGAGCCGUCUUUUAUGCUUGUCUUUCUGAUGGCAUAUUUUAAAGAUAUUAUUUCCCUUUUGCUGUUGGAAGUGCUCGGGUAUGUGUGCCCAGCUGUUGCAUAUCUAGUACCAUUGGAAAAGGUGUUCAUGGCAUGCUGUCACACACUGCUUUCCCAUCAGUACUGAUCAGUUCCAUACUGAUUUACCUCAUUUUCACACUUGAGGAUUUUGGCAUGCAGACCUAUGUAAAGAUCUCUUACCAGGAAAGUACUGAACUACAUCUGCAUCUGCUAACAGUGGCACAUGAUCACACUACUGUGUGAAUUAUUCUUGCUCUGGACAAGGCUAACUCAAGUAUGGAUAUCAAGUCAUGGAGUAGUAUCUACCAUGCUCCUCUCUGGUCCAGUUUCUGUUCCAUUGACUUGAGGUGUUACUUUUUUUUGGAAGUCUUCACUAUGUACAGAUUUGUCUGUAUCUAUCAAGAUGUUCUUGGAACAUUUAUCAGAAGAAAUGAUCAUACCUGCAAACUGGCCUCAUAUAGGUAACACGUGAGCGUAUUGUGAAUAUCAAGGACAUUGAGGUGGUUUUAGUGUCUGUUGGACUGUGAUAGCCAAGUACCUUGUCCAUCAGUGUACCAGUUGGUUCCUGAGUCAGUACCAAGAAAGGAUAAAGAACUUGAAGAUGUGAUAUAACGAUGUCUGGGAUGAUAUUAGACCUCUCAGACAUGGAAGAAAAUCCUGCCUCACUUUUGGCACUUUGGAAUCAGCACCAAGAAGGGUACCCAUAAAUUUUCUGUUGGGAGAAGAGAAGGAUACUUCAUUCAGACUCAGAAUCUGAAUACAGACCAGGACAUGUCUGAGACUGUGCUGGGCAUCCAGAUCUCUUUGUAGAGACAGAAACUCCAGAGACAGCAGCCAAGUGGGUUUGGGAGGAGACAAGCUCAGGAAAUAAGGGAGUCUACUCAAGAUACUGCAAAUUUACCAAGGCCACAAUUGGAGAAUUCUGGCUCCCUAGCUGAAGCAUUUGAUCAGAUGUCUGGCAACAUAAGUGAAAUGAAAAACAAGGAAAAUGUAUUGCUUUUUGACUACUAGAGAGACAUGGGAAGGGACAGUGGAAUUUACAAAAUGCAUUCAGGAAAAUGGAAUUUCGAAGAUGCUAAACUAAACUGAUUUUCUGAUUGCCAAGACAAGUCUAGGGAAGAGGACAGAGAAACUAUGGCAGGGAGACUGCAUAAUGGGGAAAAGAAGCUGGAAGAGCAAGAGUUCCAGCAGGAGCUCUUCAGGGAGUACAUGCAUUGCCCGAAGGCAGGCUGCACGAUGGUCACAGGUUCUGUUUUAUGAAUGGGAAUAUUGGGAAUACUCCAUACUCAUUAUGUGCAAGAGAUUCACAGAUGUCCUUUGCAAAUCUGCUUGUGAAAGGCUGGAUGCUUUAAGACAACAGCAGAAAAGAAGAAAUGGAGUCUCAAUGAUGGUAAACAAGACUGUUCCUCGUGUUGUUUUGACACCAUUAAAGGUGUCUGAUGAGCAGUCGGAUUCACCUUCAGGAUCUGAAUCUAAAAAUGGUGAAGCAGAUGGUUCUGAUAAAGAGAUGAAACAUGGACAAAAGUCUCCAACUGGAAAACAAACAAGCCAGCACUUAAAGAGAUUAAAAAAAUCUGGUUUAGGACAUUUGAAAUGGACCAAAGCUGAGGAUAUUGACAUAGAAACACCAGGAUCUAUUCUAGUGAACACCAACCUGAGGGCUUUAAUAAAUAAACACACUUUUGCUUCCUUACCUCAGCACUUUCAACAAUACCUCCUGCUUUUGCUUCCAGAAGUAGACAGACAGAUGGGAAGUGAUGGAGUUUUGCGCCUCAGUAGUUCUGCUCUAAACAAUGAAUUCUUCGCCUAUGCAGCACAAGGGUGGAAACAACGAUUGGCAGAAGGAGAAUUUACUCCAGAAAUGCAGUUACGCAUCAGACAAGAGAUGGAAAAGGAAAAGAAGACAGAGCCUUGGAAAGAAAAAUUCUUUGAAAGGUUUUAUGGUGAAAAAUUGGGAAUGUCAAGAGGGGAAUCUCUGAAACUCACUACAGCGCAGAACAACGAUGAAGAUGACAGCAAUUCUUUGUGUGGAUCUUCUGGCACACCUGGUCCUUCUAAGCAAGCGACCUUUGAGGAACAUGAACAAAAAGGCACUAAAACUCCAGCACUACCAGAGAAAGAUAAUGGUCCAUCUCUUAGUAAUAUGGAACAGGUUCCUGUCAAGAAUCUAGUGGCAGAGACAGAGGAUAUACUGAUACCUGAAGAAUCAGUCAUUCAGGAGGAGAUUGCUGAAGAGGUUGAGACAAGUAUUUGUGAAUGCCAGGAGGAGAACCAUAAAACAGAACAGGAAUUUUCUGAGGAGUCAGUAAGUCCAGCUGGAACAAAUGAAGAAACAGAGGCAGUGCAGCUUGCAGACAAUGCUGAGUCCUGCGUCAUGAUGAAUGAUGUAACUGAUACUGUAUCUCACAUUGAAAUUAAAGUGGAGUUGAAGUCAGAAUGCCCUCAGGAGGAGAUGUCGGUUGUGAUAGAUCAGCUGGAGGAUUGUGUAUCACCAGCACGAUCAGCUUCAUCCACAAACUCUGUCAAUGAUACAGCAGACAAGGAUUCUGAGUCUGCAAAAGAGCUAAUUGCUCCAGAAAUGCAAAAUGCUGCUCUGGAGGGCAAUUUGUUCACUGGUGGGGGCAUUGCAGUGGAUAUGGAGCUUCAAAGUGACCCUGAGGAACAAUCGUCUGAGAAUGCUUGUACUUCUGAGACUUCCUUUUCCUCUGGAAGUCCAGAAGAACCAUGUGUUUGUAUUGCAUCUCCUGGAGGAGACACUCAGUCAACUUCAGAGGAACCCUGUACCCCAGCAUCUCUUGAGACAGCUUGUUCAUCUGAAGCGUCCAGUACCGAAAACACUGAAGGUGAUAUUCAGCAAAAAGUCACUGAUGAAAACUUGCAUACGCCUUUAAUGUCAGAAAUCUCUCCAAUGCCCACCUCACCUGUGACCUCAGAAGCAUCUCUGAUGUCAAAUUUACCUUUAACAUUAGAGGCAUCACCAGCUUCUAAUUUACCUUUAACAUCAGAAACUUCUCCAAUGUCUGAUUUACCUAUAACAUCAGAAACAUCUUCAGUAUCUUCUGUUCUUCUGACUUCUGAAACAUCUGUGGCAAAUAGUUUGCCUCUUCCAUCAGAAACAUCUCCUGUUUCAAAUUCCCCAAGCAAUGAAAGACUUAUUUUGCAACAAAGGAAAUCACCGUGUCUAUUAGAAGACUCACUCCACACUUUAAAAGAAGAAAGCUCUACCAUUCCUAAGGUGGUUCAAGAAGAGAACCUUGUUGUUCAGCCAAAGCAACUUCAGAGUGCACCUGAAAAUUUGAAAGUGGGUCCACUAACAAUUACACCUGAUACUUCAGCACUGGAAGAGCCCCAAAGCAAAAACCUUAGUCAUCAGCCAUGUAAGUCACAUUCUGAAAUUGAGAAAUCCUACAUUGCUUCCAUCCCAGAACACUCCUCCCCUCCAGAGGUGAUCAAAAUUAAAAAUCACAGUAUUCAGCAACGAGGUGACAAGAAAGGUACACUCAUGCCAUCAGAGGUAGCUAUCUUACCAGAAGGAUCAGCAGGCAAAAAUUUUGAACUGUUUCCAUCAAAGCAACAUGAAAAACUAUAUACCUCAUCUCUAGAUAAGUCUUCAUUCUCUGAAGUGUGCAGAAGUAAGUCUCAUAAGCUAACAGGCAGCACCCAAAGCCGACUAGAGAGUUCACAUUCCUCCAAAUCGUUAGAACCCACAAAAUCACCUGAAGUGAGGAAUGAAAGCAGAGACCCAGAGAUCCCAAAGAGGAAAACAGCAGAACAGCACAGUUUUGGAAUCUGCAAAGAGAAGAGAGCUAGGAUAGAUGAUGAUCAGCCUAAUCGUAGCGCUUCAUCAACAAGUCCAUCUGAUAAAGAUCAGCCGCUCAGAGAAGAACCCCGAGUUCCACCCCUUAAGAUUCAACUUUCAAAAAUUGGACCACCUUUUAUCAUCAAGAGUCAACCUGUUUCAAAACCAGAACCUCGAGUUUCCCCAAGUACAUCGGUCAGCAGUGGAAGAAACACUGGGGCUAGAACUCUUGCAGAUAUCAAAGCAAGAGCUCAGCAAGCAAGAGCCCAAAGAGAAGCAGCAGCUGCGGCAGCUGUGGCAGCAGCUGCAAGCAUUGUCUCUGGAGCAAUGGGGACUCCGUGCGAAGGUGGGAAGACAAGAACGCUGGCACACAUCAAGGAACAAACAAAGGCCAAGCUAUUUGCAAAGCAUCAAGCCAGAGCUCAUUUACUCCAGACUAAUAAAGAAUCAAAGUCACAGUUCAACUCAAAGGAAAGUACCUCAUCUCUAGAAAUAUCAGCUUCUACUGAUGCAAAGAUUGAAGGCUCUACUGGUGUCAUUAUAGUUAAUCCUAACUGCAGGUCCCCUAGCAACAAAUCUGCUCAUCACCGUGAGACUACCACUUUAUUACAGCAGUCACUUAACACAGCUACAUUACCAGAAACUGCUACUGAGAUACCUGUGCACAGUUCCGAUGAGAAUAUACCUAUGCCACAAUUGUGUGAGAAAAUUAUUUCAUCUACCUCUACUGAAAGUAACAGUGUGCCAGUGCUUUAUAAUAAAAGUUCAGUCUCUGUGUCUGUAUGCAGCACUGCUAUGUCUGGAGCAAUUAAAGAACUUUCUUUUGCAAGUUCUGUUGAUAAAUCCUCUGUUUUAAUGUCUGUUGACAGUGUGAACACAGCAGUUUCAGCUUGUAAUAUAAAAAUGCUGAAAUCCAUCCAAGGGGCUGAUACUCCGUGCAUAGCCGUUGGACCAAAAUGUAUUGAUAACAGUAAUGUACCGGUCUCCAUAGACAGUACGGUCUUAUCAAAUGCCGUCGAUGACAAAAGGUUGCCGAUACCAAGUAGCAAUGCAAAUAAUGCAGUCUCCAGUCAUUAUGCCACUGUGCCAGCUUCAUCCAUUGCAAAUAACUUGCCAAAUCAUCUCUCUGGUAGUUCUGUACUGAUUCCCCCAGUGGGGACUACCAACAGAUUUUCUUCUGAUAAGAUAGCCAUAACAGGGUGUAACGAGCAAAGCACUGUCUCCAUCCACACUACCGUCAGGUCAGCUUUAAGUUGCAGUGAGGCUGUUGCAGUAGCAGAUUCUGUCUCAAGGCCACCCAUUUCAAUGUUUACUGGUAACAUGGUGACAAUAAGCUCCUAUGAUAAUGCUACUAAAUUAAAUGCUGAUCUCUUAGACAAAAGCUCUGGAGCACGAAACCGAAUGGAUCUCUCGGGUAAAUCUCAGCCAGUGAGCUAUACACAAACUGCCAUGAAUAGAUCUAUACCUUGCAAAGUCAUUGUUGACCACACUACAAAUCUGAAUUCUAGUCUGUCACUUUCUUCUUCAAUUGAAAAUGCAGAGAGCAGCACGGACCUGCAGAGCAGACCUGUACGGACAGAAGCUGCCUUACAAAGUAUAGCCUGUCCUCAGGUGUCUGUAAUAAGCAGGCCUGAAGUAAUCUCUAACGAAAGUCUUGAGCACAGUUCCAGCUUUAUCACCAUUACAGCAAAGCAAGACAGCAAGAACUUGCAGGCAGGUUGUUCAAGUCUUCGAGAAGUGCCUCUUCCUCCCCAGGAUAAACUAAUUGAGGUGGUUGCUCCCAGCCAAGGUUUUGCCGAGCAGUUAAGAGGUCCUUCGGCAUUUAAAAAUGAAGCAGAUGCUGCCUGUGUCAGUCAGUAUAGCACUAACAAUAGAAUUUGUUGGCAUGAUGAAGAGGCAAUGAGCACAGACCAGCCGGUGGUCAGCCAUCUUAACGCCAGUAAGCAUAAGGAAUAUGCAGAACAAAACUGCUUAAAAAGUGUCAAAACCGAACCUUCCAGUUACACGCAAAUGUCAGAGCUGCAGUCCAGGAGUCUUUUGACAAGCCUUGCUGUUCCUGUUAAAUCUGAAACUAACGAGUCUGACAAGUGCUUCAGGAUGGACACGGAGGAUUUCACAGGCCCUGAAAUGGCGGCCCAACCCGCAGAAAUAGCCCCGAGCGCACAGCCAACGCAGGCCACCAAGGCACCCAUUGCGGAUUCCAUGGACGACUCCCUGUCCCUGACAACAGAAACCCUCAAAAGAGUUACGAGUGCUGGGGGCUCAAGCUGUCGCCUCUCGUCAGUAGAGGCCAACAAUCCUUUAGUGACACAAUUACUGCAAGGCAAUCUGCCUUUAGAGAAAGUGCUGCCGCAGCCCAGAUCAGGAGCCAAACUAGAAAUUAACAGGCUUCCCUUGCCUUUGCAAACUACCUCAGUAUGUAAAACAGCAGUGUCCGAGAGAAAUAUUGUUGAGCAUCCUUCCAGUUCUCCUAACCCAGAUGGUAAAGGAUUUACAGCAGGCAACAUAGCCCCGCUACAAAUCAGAAAGCGUGAAAGCCAUCCAAAAAAGAGGAUGGCUAGGACUGUAGGGGAACAUGCUCAAAUUAAAUGCGAGCCUGGGAAGGUGUCAAUGGACACUGAUGUUAAAGUGACUCCUUGUGUAAUUAGUUCCAGCAUGAACCAGCUAGGGCACGGGCAGCCAUUUAAACAAGAGUGGCUGAACAAACAUGCAGUUCAGAGCCGCAUCGCUCACAGCCCAGAGAUCAAGCAGCAGAAGAGGCCAUUGCCUUCGUGCAGCUUCCAGCAGAGCUUAUUUCACAUUGAUAAAAACGGCAGCUUUCACGCAGAAGCUAGUACCUCACAUAGACAGCAUUUUUACCAAAUGUCCAUGGCUGCGAGAGGCCCAAUUCCCACGGCAGCUUUGUUGCAAGCUACUUCAAAAGGCCCACCUGGCUGCAAUGCGUUUGCUUUUAGCAGGCACCUGGAACAGAAGGGCUUGGGAGAUGGGAAUAUUUCUACAGCAGCUCACCAGCUGAGGCUAGGAAGUGUGUUUUCCCCCAAUAUUCAGAUUAAGGAAGGUGAUGACAUUGCCAGUGCCUCUCAGACGCUCCAGAGUAAAACCUUAGUGCAUCCUCCCCCUCCGCCUCCACCCCUGCCCCCGCCUCCCCCUCCUCACCCAAAUGCAGAGGUCCCCUCUGAUCAAAAACAACCGACAGUUACUAUGGAAACCACAAAAAGACUUAGUUGGCCUCAGCCAGCAAGCAUCUGUAGCAAUAUAAAAUCUGAACCUGUUUCUUUUGAGGAAGGUUUAAGCAGCAGCUGUGAACUGGGCAUGAAACAAGCUUCCUAUGAUCAGAAUGAAGUGAAAGAACAGUUAAAAGCGUUUGCAUUAAAGAAUGCAGAUUUCUCUUCCUAUUUACUCUCUGAGCCACAGAAGCCUUUUACCCAACUUGCUGCUCCGAAAAUACAGACGCAGCACCCGCAGCCACAGCAGCAGCAGCAGCAGCUCUGUGGAAGUUAUCCAACAAUACACUUUGGUAGCACAAGCUUCAAAAGGGCAGCAUCUGCAAUUGAGAAAUCGAUUGGGAUGUUAGGAAGUGGCUCAAACGCUGCCACAGGCCUGUCUAACCAGAACGCGCAGAUGCCGGUUCAGAAAUUUGCUGACAGUAGCAAUGCCGAUGAACUGGAACUGAAAUGCUCUUGCAGGCUGAAAGCCAUGAUCGUGUGCAAAGGCUGUGGCGCCUUCUGUCAUGAUGACUGCAUAGGGCCUUCCAAACUGUGUGUAGCUUGCCUGGUUGUACGGUAGAGACUGGGUCAAAGAUGCAGUAUCCCUUGCCAGCACGGGAGGACAGGGCAGAGGAACGGAGGGAUUGGAACAGUUUAGGCCAUUAACAGUUUACAAUUAGUUGAUGAGCUGUUUAUUUUUGUUAUUUUUUUUUCCCUCGUGGUGCUUUCAGAAUUUAGUUAUUCUGGCCUGAGUGCCAUGCCCAGGAAAGAAGAGGAAACCUCUAGGGCUAGUUUUUUAAAAAACUGAUAGCUUUGCCACUGAAGCUUCUGUGAGCACUCGUGCUGUGUUAAAAAAGAAGAAAAGGCAUUAUUGCAUGGCAUUCCUAGCUUCUAUUUAUUUGCACAAAGUGCAGCACGUUUUCCCCCACUUUUUGAUUGUUGAUAGAAGCUACAGGUUAAAGAUCAGUGGAAAAAUAACUGCGAGAAGUGGGGUACUAUGCAGAACAAAUAGCACCCUGGAUACCAACUGCCCGUCUCAUGCUGGGCAUUGGGUAGGUGUGGGCAUCAGCCAUGGUAGCUUCUCAGUUACUUUGCAGAUUUUUCUGCUAAUUGAAUUGUUUUCUUAAAAAGACUUCCAUUGUCUAGGUCUAAAAUAUAGUCACCUCACUUAGCAAAAAAGGAGGAAUUUAGAUCAUUAGAGGAGUUUCCUCAUGUGCCUGCUGGGGAUUAUGGAACUGAAAUCUUACUCAUCAUCUCUUCUCAUUGAUUCCUUGAGAAAGACUCAUAUGUGUGAUGGGUUAGUGUAACCAGCACUGGAAUCAUGUUGCUUUCAGUAGAGUCUCGAGAAAGUAACUUCUCUGCUGGGAAUUAGAAGCCUCUUUUCCUGUUUCCUACUCAAAUAUUCUUUAUUUGUAUUAGUCUCUCUAAUCUGUCCACUUGGUUUGUCAGCCCCAAAUAUAUAUAGGGUCAGACGUAUGUAAUAGGUUCUGGAUAUUUUAGCCUUUCUGUGGCCUAAAAUUGAUGCAUUCUUAUGAUGAAUUAAUAAGGAAAGAUUCUAAUUGUGUAUUGAUUGAAUACUAGAUUAUCAGUUAUUUUUCCUCUUAUGUGAGUUUCUCGGAAUAACAUGAAUUUUAUCAUUUGAAGUCAUUCUUAAGCACUACCUUUUUCUUUCUGAGUGGAAUUUAGACUUCUUACUCUACAUUUUAGAAACUUGAAAGCAAAAAGGCAUUUUUAAAAGGGAUACUGCAUCUUUAAAGUGAUCUUCAGUAUUUAUCUGGUACUGUAUUUAAAUUUAGGACUAUAGUUGCAUUCCAGAUGUGUUAGCCGUCAUUACAGCAGAGAAGAAAAACAAUAAUUUGGGGGGCCUAUACACCUAAAAGGAAAAUAUUAUAAAGGGAUAAAGCACGUGCAGUUGCUGGGGAGAUGAAAAUACCUUGGGUUUUUUUACUCCCACUUCAAGAACACAAAAUGCAGAGUGCAGAUCAUCCAUCUGCCAGUUGGGUCUGCCCAAAUGUGAGCAUCAGAGACAAAUGUUAUUUUUACCAUUACAGUAGAACCUCAUUAAUCCAAAGACCUUCCAAUCUGCUCAAGAAAACUGGUUUUCUUUUCGCAGUUCUCAGAGCAAUGUAAUAAGAGUGCAUCAGGUGUAAUACUCUUUAGAUCUCAGCAUUACUUAAACAUAUAAUGCUGCAGUUACUGUGGCAUUCUGAAAUAUUAAUGUGAAUGAAUUUAGGAAAUAAUGAAUUUAGGAAACAGAAAAUAUACUGCAUUUUACACAGUAUUUUUUUAAUACAAUCUUUGUUUGCACACUUAUUAAUAAGCUGUAACUGGUCUCCCAGAAGCUGGUAUUAGUGAGGUCCUACUGAAUGGAGGAACCACAUUUAUUUUCUUGUGGGACCAUUUUCACAAACAUGAUAAAUGCCGUUUAUUGUCUUAACAUUGAGCUGGAAUAUCUACAACGUACAUUCCUGUCAUAGGAAGCUCUAUGGUGCACCUUGAUGUUCUCUUUUAUUGUAAUUAGCAACAUAUCAAUAUUAUUUUUGACACUGUGUGGUACAAAGGCCAUUUAUAAUUACACUAACAAAUUUGUUGCUGAUACAAUAAUAUAUUUUUUCUAUACAAAAGUGCUCCUUAAUAUGAAAUGAGAGUUAAGAAAUGGCUUCUCAGCACUUUCAGGUCUUCUGGUAAGAGAAUACGCCAGCCAAGCAAAAACCUAGAAGUAACCAUAUGAAAAUUCACACUCAGUGGUGUGCUAGCUGCUGGAAAAAAAUAGCGACUGGAAAAUACUCAUGAGUAAGCAUGAGUGUAGUCAGUUAAUGCAUAUCAGAUUCAUAUUUGAGGAGCCUUUGUAUUGGAAUUGUAUUGCAUUGUAUUUAUACUUGGUAUAGGUAGGAUGCUUCUAUUUAAAAUGAAGAGAGCGACCAGUCUUAGACUUCUUAUAACCUGUGUUUAUAUAAGCCUGCUGGGAAUCCUUAUUUCUAGCUCAGGUUUUCCUGUCCACAGCACAUAAAUCAAUAUUUGUUUGUACUUGCAUCUUGAAAUACUUCUUGUAUUGACUGACAUCAUACAGAAAUAAAUUCCGGCCACAAAAAAAAAUUUUACUUUGUUCAAAGGAUAAGAGUGUGACUAAUGUGGUAGGUAACUCAUUCAUGUCAGACUGACAUUUUUGUAUCAGGAUUGCAACUUGCAUGUGUGAGGUCAUGAUAAAAUGUUAUUUAAAGUGGCAUUAGACUAAAUGGUGCUAUGUUAUAUUACACCACUGACCAAAUUCUUCCAUAGUGCAGUUCCACUUGUUUCAUUCGUGAGUCACUGAAGUUGCACCAGGAAUAAAUUUGACCAAUUAGUUAACAACAGUUGUGAAGUGUUGUUACAGAAAAUAGUUUUAGGUUAUUGAAAUAUUCAAAAGCAACUGCGUUGAUAUGGGAGCCUGACUUAAACUUAGUAGGACUGAAAAUCUUGCUUGGAUUCUCAUAUCACACAAAUGCUUGGGGAAGAGUGACCGAUGGUCCUAAAGCAGAACACAAUCACCUUUAGAAGUUAAUUUUGAAUGACUCCUUUUCUUUUGUUUAAUUGCGAGGCUUCAUGCCCAGUGUCAUUCUGUUUUCGCAGUUUGCACCAUUGGGUAUUAAUAGUUUAUGCACUGAAAAGUGGUGAAAGAAUUGCUUCAGAACACACCGCUCUGUGUUUGCGUGUACAUAUGUGUUCCAAUGUCCAGCACAUAUAAUUUACUUCUUUUUUUUUGUAAAUCUCCGAAAUUGUUCCCUAACCCCCACUCCUACCCCUGAAGCAGCACUUUUGGGUGAAAGGGAGAAACACUCCUUUUUUCUUUCCUUCCUCUUUGUUUUUGUUAAUUGCAUACCUGUGAGUUAUGCAGAUAACAUUAGGGCAUUUGCAGCGUGUGUGUUUGCUUGUUCCUGUUCUGAACUAGUUUUCCAAGCAGAAAUUCCCUUUGAAAUAAUGUAAAAAAAGGAAAAAAAAA